CCGCUCAGACCGAGUUGCAGCUGCCGCAGGACGGAUAAUCGUCGAAGAUUUCUGCGGGUUUUUUGCGUUUCUGCGCGUCAAACCUGCACAGGAAGCACGGAAACAGACCGUGGGAUGGAUGAGACUCUGAAGCCUGUGAGGAUCCCUCCUCACAUGAGCAUUUAUGCCGACAAACACAACCUGUCUCACCUGGUGCAGAGCUUGGUGUCCUCUCUGGUGGUGGACCGCCCCGACGAUCCGAUCUCCUACCUGGUGGACUUGCUGCAGAGGAGCAGGGUGGACAUUCCCAGGGUGAUGCUGCUCGGCCCACCUGCUGUCGGCAAACACACACUGGUGAGUCUAAACACACCUGGUUCUGGUUCUGGUUCUGGUUCUGGUUCUGGGUCAGGUUCUGGUUCUGGGUCAGGUUCUUCUUCUUCUGUGGUUGUUUUUCAGGCGAAGAGGCUGAGCGCCGAGCUGAAGGCCGUCCACGUGACCAUGGAGGGUCUACUGGAGGACCAAUCAGAGCUGAGAGCUCUGACUGAGCAGGUAACACAGGAUGUUCCUGCAGAUCUUCUGGUCCAGCUGGUCCAACAGAGACUGAAGGAGGUGGACUGUCUCCAGGAGGGCUGGGUCCUGGAGGGGAUCCCUCAGACCCGUCUUCAGGUUCUGCUCCUCCAACAAGUCGGGAUCAUCCCAGACCAUGUUGUGAUGCUGGAGGCUCCUGAAGAGGUCCUGCUGCAGAGGGCCCAGGGGAGGCUCCUGGACUCCCUGACAGGAGCUCAACGUCUGGAGAGGGGGCGUGGCCUCUCAGAGGAGCAGCUAUUGGCCGAGCUGCAGCGCUACCGCUGUGAGGUCACAGGUCUGAGGUCAGCCUAUCAGCACGUCCUGGGGGUCAUCAACGCAGACCAGCCUCACACUGACGUCUACCAUCAAGCUCUGGCAUUGGUCCAAACUCGUCAUUACUCCAGAACUCCCAGAAUCCUCCUGCUGGGUCCACCUGGCUCCGGGAAGAGCCUUCAGGCCCGUCUGCUGUCUGAGAAUUACAAGAUGGUUAAUGUGUGUUGUGGUCAGCUGUUGAGGUCUGCAGCAGCUGAUGGUUCUGGUCCAGGAGCACUGGUCCAGCCCUACCUGGAUGACGGACGUCCAGUUCCAGACUCUGUGGUUCUGCGGGUCCUGGAGGAGCGCCUGAGCCGAGUGGACUGCAGCUGCAGAGGUUGGGUUCUGCACGGGUUCCCCCUCAACCUCCAGCAGGCCCGGAGCCUGCAGGAGACUCAGAACCAGCCCAACAGGGUGUUCCUCCUGGAGGCUCCUGAUCAUGUAUGUUUGGAGCGUCUCAGUCUCAGAACCGUAGACCCGCUCAGCGGGGAGAGGUACCACACUGUGACCCGACCCGCUCCGAGCGCUGAGGUCCAGGCCCGCCUACAGACUGCACCGGAGGACCGCUUGGAGGAGGUGACCCAGAGACUGAACCAGUACCGGGUCCAUUGUGCUGCCCUGCAGUCUGUGUAUCCAGAUGUGAUUCACAUCAAUGCGAAUCAGAACCACCUCUCUGUAUUCGAGGCUCUGGAGAGCCGACUGACCACCAACUGACAUCUGGAACCCACCUGGACCCACCUGGACCUGCCUGGACCCGCCUGGACCCGCCUGGACCCACCUGGACUCGUCUGGACCCACCUGGACCCACCUGGACUCACCUGGACCCACCUGGACUCGUCUGGACCCACCUGGACCCACCUGGACCCGCCUGGACUUGUCUGGACAGAAUCCUCUCCUUCAGUUUAUUAAUAAAUUGUUUGUUCAGA